AAGAAGAACACCAGCAUUAUCCAAUUGAGCAAUGUCUGCCGAUGCCCGCUGGCACCGCUUUGUGGCGGGUGGACUGGGGGAAAUGUUUGCUGUGUCCUUCUCACACCCGGCAGAUGUGCUCAAGGUUCGGCUGCAGCUCACCGGUGAGUGCGACCGUCGAGUGAAGACCCUGCGGGUGAGAGACAUGAUGCGGGUGGCCCGACAAGUGGCUGUCUUGGAAGGUUUUGGAGGCCUCUAUGGCGGCAUCUCGGCCGCCUGGCUACGCAUGGCCUCCUUCGGCACUUUGCGCCACGGGCUCUAUGGCCUGCUGGAGCAAACAGGAAGGAACCAGAGAGGCGAGGUUUCACUCCUUUGGCGCUUGCAGGCAGGGCUGCUGGCCGGCACCGCGGCCGCGCUGGCGGCCAAUCCGGCCGAUGUGGUGCUGAUCCGGAUGCAGGCGGAUGGUGGAUGGCCGGAACAUCAGCGACGCCACUACCGCCAUGCUUGGCACGGCCUGCAGGAGGUCUACGCGGAAGGCGGGCUUGCGGCGCUCUACCGCGGCAGUGGCCCGACGGCGCUGCGGGCUGCCCUGGUGACGAUGUCGCAGUUGGCGACCUAUGAGGAGAUGAAAGGCAAGGCCCUCCAAGCCGGCUUCAACAACGAUGUGAGGCUGCACCUUUGCUGCGCCAUGAGCUCGGCCACCGCGGCCUGCCUUUGCACGCAGCCGGUGGAUUGUGUGAAGACGCGUAUCAUCAACAUGCAGAAAAACUGCGGUGUUUCAUACAGAGGUCCUUUGGAUGUGGUGAGGAAGACACUUGGCACUGAGGGCCCUUUAGCCUUCUACAAAGGCCUCUCGGCGACCUUUGUACGCCUAUGGCCGCAUACGGUGCUCUUGUGGUUGGGGCAGGAAGCCAUCACCGCUCGCCUGCGUGGCAAAAGAGGGGCUCUGCUCAACUUAGUCUACCAGAUGGGCGGUGAGUGCAACUCGGCCUUCGGCUCCAUUGGGCACCUGCCGUUCCACUUCCUUCACCAAGACAUCAGCAAGUCCGACAUCACAGCGCUGAUGGUCAAGGCUCAUGUCUUCAUGGACACGCCGCUGCGCGACACUCUUUCUCGAGAAGCUCAUGAGUUUGUUUGGUGCCAAGAGGACAAGGACUGCGGUGUGUUGAUCCUCUCGGAGUUCUCGGGCUCGGCGCAAUCCUUGCGCGCGGCCGCCAUCUGUGUGAACCCUUGGGACACCACUGCCUUUGCGGAUGCCAUUCAGGAGGCCAUGGAGAUGGUGCCCUUCGAUCGCAUGGAGCUCCACCGCUACGGGCAGAAGCACGUCUUCGCGCACACCCUGAGGCGUUGGGCUUCGAACUUCUUGGACGAGAUUUUGUCCGCGGAGCGCGAUUGCGAGGACGAGCGCUUGCAGAUUCCUCCGCCGUUGGACCUCGACAACCCGGUGGCAGCCAUGCGGAAGGCUGGCAAGAGGAUCUUCGUCUUCGGCUUCUCUGGGACCUUGUUACCACGGAAGCUGCUCGGCCGUGACCACCGCGUAGUCCACCUGGUUACCACGGCGCUCGGCCGGUCCAAGAUCCAAGCGAAGAUCCUCUCCAAGCUUCACCCUGUCUUGGCAGCGAACCUCAAGGUUUGUGAUGACAACCUUUGGACGCCCGACAAUCCGCCGCUUGGGCUCCGACCGCGGGACAAAGUGGAUUCCCAACUGGGAGACGAUGGCAGGUUCUUUGAUGGCCAGCAGCUUACGGCGGAUGGGGAGCGGCAGUGCCAAGAGGCGCAUGCCGAAUGGGGCCGAAAGAUCUUUGAGGGCGCAGAGCUCAUCAUUGUGUCGCCCAUGACGCGCGCGCUCCAAACAGCCUAUUUCAUUGGAGGAGCGCCUGGGUGUGCAGAGCACCUGUCGGGGGCCACGUGCGACGAGGGCAGGCCAUUGGAAGAGCUUCGUGAGCAGCUGCCAUGGGCGCAAGGUUGGAAGGGCUUUUCAGAGCUGCAGGAGGAGUGGUGGAAGGAGGAAAGGCCUGAGGAGGCCUUGCGGGUCGCAGGCUUUCUGCAGUUCCUCCAGGAGAGCCGGGAGACGGAGAGCCAUGUGGGGUACCAUAUGGAGAACGCCACUCGGCACAUGAUGAACUUGGAGGAUUCGCAGGCCGCCAAGAAGUCGUGCGAGAGGUCCUCCUUCAACAUCGGCUUCGCCGUGUGCCGGGAGCUGCUCGGCAUGGAGACGUCAAGGCGUCUGAGCUCGGGAAGACAUUUGGAGUUCUCCAGGUGGGAAGAUGCUCCCUUGAAGCGGCUUGCCAAGGCUCCGGUGACCUGUCUCCAGGGCCUGGGCCGCAAGCGGGGCGCCAUGUUGGCGUCCCUCGGCCCCAAGACCGUGCAGGACUUGGCGAAUUGGAAGUUUGCCCGCUGGGCCGAGUCCAUUUGCAUCCUGAGCCCUGCAGAACAAGACGGAUCCCGUGAUGAGUGGGAAGGCUGGGCGAUGUCCUUCUUGUUGGAUGCGCCCUUGUCAGCCUUUGCAGGCUUAACACCUGCGAAGGAUCCCGUGUUCAAGUCGAUCGGCCUCACGUGCAUCAAGGACCUGGGCGAGUGGAAGUACUACCGACGCUCGAUCCUCGAGCGUGCCGACGCCUCGGGGUCGGCCGCUGCGGCCGCCGCGGCCGUGGCCGGAACCGCCUUCGUGGCCCUCCCUGGGCAGCGCGUCUCCGCCCCCAGCAACGCACCAGCUCUGCGUGGACGUGCGGGCCAUGCGAGCAACACCGGGAUGCUCAGCACGGUAGGCGUUGCCCUGGGUGCCACAGCCGUUGAGACCAAGGCAUCGAGCGCCGUCCGAGCCUUUGAGAAUGAACUUGGCGUGCAGGUCAAAGCAGAGCUUGAUACUGUAGAUCUAGAAACAGCAGGAAGCCACGAUAAAUCUCUUUGUUCUGUUCUCAUUCUGACCUCUGAGGAUGGUGAUGCGAGGGAAUUCUACCGCCGCCGCGUUGUGGAGAUCAAGCAUGGCCGUGUGUCGAUGUUGGCUUGCACCGGCUACAUCGUUCAGGAGUUCUUCCGCUUCCCGGGCUACAUCUCCCCCAGCAGCGAACUGAAGUUCACCGACAUCCCCAAUGGUCUGGCGGCCGCCACCAAGGUCCCGGCCGUGGGCUGGUUCCAGUACACCAUCUUCUGCGGCAUUUGCGACCUGUGGCUCCUGCAUCAGGUGCCCACCAACCCAGCAGGAAAGCUUUGCACUCGGCUCUUCGGAGAGGGAGCCACCAACUACGAGUACGGCUUCUUGGGCCUGCCGGGCUACCUGGGUGGCAAGGCCAUCGAGGACCCUGAUGUGAAGAAGAAGAAGCUCAACGCGGAAAUCGCCAACGGUCGUUUGGCCAUGAUGGCGAUCAUCGGAAUGUUCUUUCAGGAUGGUUUGACGGGCUCGGCCUGGGGUGAUUGGGCCAACUACACCGAGUCGCCUUUGCGCGCCUUCGAGAGCGAGCUGGGUGUGCAGGCGCCCUUGGGCUACUUCGACCCCAUGGGCCUCUCGAAGGACGGCGACGUGGACACCUUCCGCCGCCGCCGAGAGUGCGAGCUGAAGAACGGCCGCGUGGCGAUGUUCGCCACCAUCGGAUACAUGGUGCCGGAGUACUUCAAGUUCCCCGGAUACUUGGCGCCUUCCGCGAACCUGAAGUUCGCCGACGUGCCCAAUGGCGUCCAAGCCAUCACCAAAGUGCCUGCUGAAGGCUGGCUGCAAUGGGUGGCGCUCUGCGGUCUCUAUGAGUUUUGCGUGAACACCCCCGUGGAUCCCGCGGAGCCUGGCAACUAUGGCAAGGGCAGGUUGGGCUAUGGCAACAUGGUCUUGGGCAUCACCGCAGAGCCCAUGCAGGAUGCCGAGGCCAGGAAGCGCGCCUUGAACUCCGAGUUGGCGAACGGGCGUUUGGCCAUGAUGGCCAUCGUUGGGCUCUGGGUGCAGGACGGCCUCUUUGGCACGCCCUAUGGCCUCUACACCGGCUCCAGUGCCUUUGAGUCGGAGCUGGGCGUGCAGCCGCCCGUGGGCUUCUGGGACCCCUUGGGCUUUACCAAGACCGACGAUGCCGCCUCCUUCCGCCGCCGACGCUACGUGGAGCUCAAGCACGGCCGUGUGGCCAUGUUCGCCUGCCUGGGAUACAUUGUGCCUGAGUACUACCGUUGGUUCACUGACGUGCCCACUGGCUUCGCCGCCUUCAGCAAGGUGCCCUUGAGCGGCUGGGCUCAGAUGGUCUUCUUCGCUGGGAGCGUCGAGCUCUUCCAGUACGUGGACGAUCCCAAGCGCCCUCCAGGCGACUUCGCCAACGCGGGCUUCCUCGGGGUGCCCAACAGCUUCUUGGAAACAGGGAAAAAGACGCUGAAGAGCUUCGUGAAGGCACCAGCGGACACCAAGGAGAAGAAACUGGCCGCGGAGAUCGCCAACGGACGAUUGGCCAUGAUGGAUGGUUUGACUGGCUCUGCCUGGGGCGACUGGGCCAACUACACCGACUCCCCACUGCGCGCGCUGAGCCCGGCGCAGGAGAUCUUGGAGCUGAGGGCUCAGGAGCUGAAGCACGGGCGCGUGGCCAUGUUGGCGGUGAUCGGCUGGUUCCAUGUGGCCGGCGGCUUUCACAUCAUCGGGGACUACGCGGUGGGCGUGCACUUGGAUGACAACCCUUUGGUGAGCCUGACGCAGAUGCCCAUGGGCGGUAUUUGGCAGGUGGUCUUCACGAUCAUGUGCCUUGAAUGGCUCACCACCUACGUUUGCAAGCCUCCGGCGGAGAAGCCUUGGGACAUCCUGGGCUGGUCCGACAUCCUGAUUGAGGAUGAGAAGAGCAUCUGGAAUCAGUUCAGGAAGGAGCUGAACAACGGCCGCCUGGCAAUGAUGGCCAUUGUCGGGCUGAUUACCCAGGAUGUGCUCUUUGGCGAGUACGGCCAGCGGUUUGCCCAGCUGAACUGGGACAAGAACUUCUUCCCCCCCAGACCAGGGAGCUGGAGCUGGAGAUUGAUAGUGCAGAAGAAUUCGGUCCUAGAAUGCCAGACGGUGCUGGCGGAGGAGCCCAAUACGCACGUCAUCAUCAUGAGCAGCUUGGAGCAGGAUCUCCUCACCCAGGCCAUUGGCAACCUGCCUUGCUGGAUCAUCGCUGAAGGAGGUGUUUGUUACCGGGAGCCAGAUGGGACCUGGUCGAACAUGGAGCUCCUGGACAAAGAGUGGUUGGCACCUGCAAAGGAGAUCAUGGAGUACUUCGCUGCUCGAACUCCGGGCUCACGGGUCAUUGAAACCAGUGUGCCCGGCACACCUUCGACCCGUCCGGCUCCACCUGUCCGGCUGGGCGGUCCUGUGUGUGGUCCUCUGGGAUGA